AUGAUCUGUGACGUGAUCUAUCUGCGCCGUGAAGCAGGGAGCGCAAUGGCGGUGUCUCAGCCAAAGCAAGAAAAAGAGAGCGAUGAUUGCUCUUUGCUUCCUUUAGUUCAUGAUAUUAUAAAAAGCAUGGACAAGGACAGCCAGGAUGUGCACCAAGAACUGGCCAAGCUGAAGACAAAGAUCCAGGAGGCCCGGGAGCAGAUCGCCAACAUGCCCGGAGUGGACAGCAGUCCGCUGGAGCAGCAGCAGCAGCUGGCGACGCUGCGCGAGCAGGUCCGCACCAAAAACCAGCUGCUGCAGAAAUACAAAAGUCUGUGCAUGUUCGACGUGCCAAAAGCAUCGUGAAAUUUAAGUCUGCAAUACUGACUGGAGGAAGCUCACACACAGUCGAGGUGCAUUAGGGACGUUUGUUUUCAUCCUCUCCACCAUGUGGGAUUCAGGAAUACGGAAUGGACGUCUAAAUGGACAAGGACUUAUAUAUAUAUAUAUAUCCUCAGCUGCAUCUCAGUGAUAUUUUUGAACCUCACAUCAUUUCCGGAUUUUGUCCUACUAUUUA